GUAUUGUGCGUUGUAUAGAAAUUAAAUAUUUGUUAAUAUUUUGCAUUCAUUUGUAUACAAGAUUUUCCAAAUUUUACAACCUUUUGUUGUACUUGUUUUGUUUCAUUGUGUACGAAUAAUAGAAAAACCAAGAAAGUUGUUUUUUUAAGAGUGCCAAUUAGUGAUGAGCGUCUAAAGAAAAGGUUCCAAGCAGUUGGCAGAAUAAAUCAUAAAUACAAAACCGUUUUUUAUUACUGCAAGGAUCAAUUCAAUAUAAGAUGGAUAAAGAAAGUAAUAUGGAAGAGAUAAAGGUAAAUGAAUCAGGAGAUGGAGAUGAGGCGACAUGGGCGAUAGUUAACUUUGUGAGCCACGAAGUGACUGUCGAAAGUCAAGCAACUCCCGAAAUGGGCAUUCCCGCGGGUAGCUUUAACCAAAAUCUUACUACCCAAGAUACCCAAGAUAAUGAAGAGGGUGAAAAAGAUGAAAAUACAAAACAAGAUGUUGCUGGCGCGGUCUCAGAUGCCGCUAUUAUAAAAAAGAUAAAAGAGAUCAACAAGGAAAUGGAUCAUUUGGCGGCUAAGCUUUCUAAGAGAUCUUCUCAAAGUGUUUCACCCGCUCAAAAUGCAGAACAAGGGUUCCAAGGCACAAGUGCAGGAAACGAAAAACAAAAUAUCGUGAACGAAGGCGCAGGCCCAUCUUUUCUAACCAUUAAUCAAGAAUACAACAAAAUGUAUAAUUUUGAGGAACCUUCAGAGUGGGGUAGCCGAAGCGUCUCACCCAAUGACUUAAUUAUCGUGGAAAAUGAUUCAUCCGACGAAAGCGAAGUGGAACGUACUGAGACCGAAAAAUUAUACGAAUCCAACUGCAAAAGAAUUGCAGAUCUGAACACACCCAGUACUUCCCGGGGCGUUUCAAAUGAUCCACCAGUAAUAGUACGUUCAGUCCAGAAAGUGUUUCCCACCGUGCACUCAAAUGUAAACGAAAUAAAAGACAACGUAGCUACGUCUCUAAGCCAGAUUACGUUAGGAAAUGCGUCCUUCGCGUACACUUCAAACCAAAACAUUGUAUCAGCUGGUUUGGAAGGCGUGCUUCCAGGAAAUGAACAUAAAAUAUAUACAAUUUAUCCAGCCAGGAACAUUGCGAAAAUCGAGGCAGACUUUCAGAACUUUUUGCCACAACUGCAGUAUAGUCGAAUGAGUAACUACAAUCGCAGGACUGGCCUCACCAACUAUGGCUCCACGUGCUAUAUUAACAGCGUGAUACAAGCUUUGCUUGUGACCAACAAAUUCAGCACGUAUACUGUGUUGAAAAUGUACCAAUAUCAGUGUUGGUGCGGGCUGGCCGAGUUGUUCGGCAAUAUGAUGUACAACAUAUGUCCGGUUGCAAAUCCUCUAAGGUUUUAUUCGACAUUAAGAUCAUUAAAUUUCAAUGUUUAUAGAGAACAUGAUGCGUCUGAAUUUUUAUUAUAUCUGCUUAAGACCCUCAUGUUUUUCGAACCUAACUGGGAAGUGAGGGCGGCUAUUGAUAACGCACAGUAUUCCGUAAGGAACGAGAACGCUGAAGCUGAAAACUACUUUUCAGAUCCAUCAGCCGAUUCUUCACAGAGCAAGCGCCAGAAAACCGCGACCUGCAAAAAAAUGUUAAUUGAUAACUUAUUUGGUGCUGUUAUCACGACGAACGUCACAUGUCAAAUGUGCCAGACCGUUUCGAGCAUAAAUGAAACGGUGUACAUGUUGCAUUUGUCGUUUUCCGACGCAAACAUUAAAGAAGUUGUCACAGUUGAGAAUCUUUUGAAAGAAUACUUUUCCGCUGAGACCCUGUCAGGGGUGAAUUCCUACGCGUGUAAUACAUGCUAUAGCCUCCGGGAGGCUGAGAAGAUAUCGAUUGUUGCUAAGACACCGAAAUACUUGAUACUUACAUUGAAAAACUUCAGAUAUAUCCCAGCAAGAAAUAUUUCAGUAAAAAAAAUGCACAAAAUUAAGUGCGAUGAUAUCGUCACGUUGGUUUCUAAAAACAACCAAAAGUACCGCAGCACGUACAUACUGUAUGCAAUGAUCGUUCACAGUGGAAAAUACCUUAACACAGGACAUUACAUCGCAUUCACAAAAUGCAAUGACCAGUGGUACAAGAUUAAUGACAAAAAGGUCAGCGCCAUAAACCACGAUGAGAUUAACAAGCUAGAAAAAGAUGAAACACCCUACAUUCUGUUCUACAGAAGAACCGACAUCGAAGAAGGCGAAUUUCCCAAAUAUGAGCAAAUUCCAUGGUUCACAAAAAUACAAGAUGACCAAAUCGAAGCCCCUCGCGGGUUUUUUCAAGAUAAUCAGUAAAGUUUCGAAUAUGCCAACAACAUGCUUUGCUAAUUUAGUUCAUGUCUUGUAAACUUUCUUAGAUUAGAUCUUGAAGUACUGUUAUAUAUCAGCAUCAACCUGCCCUUAUCCCUAUCGAGGGUCGGCACAGUAUGUACUUCUCCUCCAAGUACUGUUAUAUAUGUUAUG